CAGCUGUUGCCAUAUACUAUCAGCCAGCUCUGGUACAUCAGCGGCUGCGACCUCACCGCUAGGAAAUAAUACUAAUAAAAAAAAAAACUAAAAGAUGAGUCAGUCGACACCAUCAUAAACACACCACAGUGAAAAUAGAUUUAAAAAAGUUAAAUCAAUGGUACAGAAAAGUAGUAUGUCCAGGACGCCUUCGACCUCAACCCAGGAGAUCCAAAUGGACAUGUUCGACCAUCAUCCACACACACAGGGAAAGUACGCCAAGAGGAAGAGCCGAUUUAAGCGCUCGGAUGGAAGCACCUCCUCUGACACCACCUCCAACAGCUUUGUCCGACAGGGCUCCGCCGACUCCUACACCAGCCGGCCGUCGGACUCAGACGUGUCCCUGGAGGAGGACCCCGAGGCUCUGAGGAAGGAGGCGGACAGACAGGCUCUCGCCACACUCGAGAAAGCAAAGACCAAACCUGUGGCGUUUGCAGUGCGGACGAAUGUGGGUUACAACCCCGGGCCCAGUGAUGACGUUCCUGUGCAGGGCAUGGCCAUAUCCUUCGAAGCCAAAGACUUCUUGCACAUUAAAGAGAAGUACAACAACGACUGGUGGAUCGGACGUCUGGUGAAGGAGGGCUGUGAGGUGGGUUUCAUCCCCAGCCCGGUCAAACUGGAGAAUACCCGCCUCCUGCAGGAGCAGAGGAUGAGACAGAACCGACUCAGCUCUAGUAAAUCUGGAGGAAGCUCCAGUCUGGAUGUUGCCACAGGAACACGCAGGCCCACCCCACCCGGCACAGCUCAUGUGGACAUGUCCAAUGUGUCCUUUGAUGUUGAUCCUCUCGACUUGGAUGCUGAGGAGCCCCCUGAAUUCCAGGGUGAACCUCGCUCCCCCAAGGGCCAGUCAGGCAGCGUAACAUCCCCUCAGGCCAACACCCACCGCCUGCCCUUCUUUAAGAAGAUGGAGCAUGUCCCUCCGUAUGACGUGGUUCCCUCCAUGAGACCUAUCAUCCUAGUCGGACCAUCUCUCAAAGGAUACGAGGUGACAGAUAUGAUGCAGAAAGCACUUUUUGACUUCCUAAAACACAAGUUUGAAGGCAGGAUAUCCAUCACACGGGUGACAGCAGACAUCUCCCUGGCCAAACGUUCAGUCCUCAACAACCCCAGCAAACACACCAUCAUCGAGCGCUCCAGCACCCGCUCAAGCCUGGACGUACUGGCGGAGGUUCAGAGUGAGAUUGAGCGUAUCUUCGAGCUUGCCCGCACCCUUCAGCUGGUGGCGCUGGAUGCAGACACCAUAAACCACCCCUCUCAGCUGGCAAAGACCUCCCUGGCUCCUAUUAUUGUCUAUAUCAAAAUAGCCUCACCAAAGGUCCUUCAGAGGCUCAUUAAAUCCAGAGGGAAGUCCCAGGCUAAACACCUAAAUGUGCAGAUGGUCGCAGCUGACAAGCUGGCCCAGUGCCCACCUGAGUUAUUUGACAUCAUCCUGGACGAGAACCAGCUGGAGGAUGCUUGCGAGCACCUGGCUGACUACCUGGAGGCGUACUGGAAAGCGACGCACCCACCGAGCAGCAACCCUCCUAACCCUCUGCUCAACCGCACCAUGGCCACGGCCGCCCUGGCCGCCUCCCCUGAGCCUGUCUCCAACCUGCAGGGGCCGUAUCUGGUGCAUGGGGAGCAGAAGAGAGAAGGGCCUCUGACAGAGAGUGGAGGGAGUGACACCCUGCAUGACUAUCAGACAGACCUGGGAGGAAAACCUCAGCAGCAGCAGCAAACACACAUGCGCUCCUCCCGCGGUCAACUGCGCGGAGGGAGCGGGCGAGGCCUGUCCCGGCAAGACACCUUCGACUCCGAGACCCAGGGCAGCCGGGACUCGGCUUACACCGAGGCAGGCGACUCCUGCAUGGACAUUGAAACCGACCCCUACGAAGAGCCAGAGCCUUAUCGAGGAGGAGGUGGCGGCGGCAGCCGCCUCCACCUGGCACAGCAUCACGGCAGACAGGCUUCAUGGGAGGACGAGGGUGCCGAGCCGGACCAGGAAAACCUGAACCAUCCUCCAAUGCCGAGCCAGACGCAGCCGCACGGGCGCGCCAAGCUGAGAGAGCGGUACUGCCAGGAUCCCGUGGACACAGGUUCCAACAUGAGCCGUAACAAGAACCAGGACGACUGGGGGAGGGACGUCUACAUCCGCUGAAUACAUCACACCAAGAAGAGAAGGAAGCUGCAGACAGACUGAGGAGAGGAGAGGAGAGGUGGGGGGCUGAAGUGUGCCAGUCAGGCUAACAAAUGAAUCUGUUUACAUCCCACUACAAUGUAAAGAAAUACAUCAACUGCCAGAUGCCAUUCUCAUCUACUUCUUCUUGCAAUUCAAUUUAUUUAUGUUUAGAAAAAUACUAUUGGUCUGUUUUUGUUCUUUUUGUUAAUACUGCAUGAAUUUCAUGGAUUUCUAAACUGACAGCACGAGGACAGUAACCGCUAAGAUUGUGAUUCUCUGAUUGUGAUCUGUUUGACUCAACCUCUCGUUCAGUUGUAGAGUGAAGGCUGGUAGAGCUGUAGUAGUCCGUCAUGUCUGUCCUCUGCAGUCUUAAACAGGGUCUAAUGUCACCGUCCCCAUGUAUAGAGUCAGGGUCUCUCUUUACCUUUAUCUCAUUCAGUGCUGAGUCUCUCACCUCCACUUUCCUAAUCACCCAGACCUUAAAAAGCUGGUGGAGGAGUUGCCAUAUUCUGACACAAUUUAUCAAUGUUGCUACACCCAUGUCAGAAAAAAAGAGUUCACUCCAAAGAUGUUUACUUCUUCCUCGACGUGGUGCAGCCACUCUACCUAUCUAAACCCAGCCCCUCUGUUCGUGUUCCCCUUUUCUCGUGGGUGCCGAGGGUGCCUCAUCUGUUCUCUGGUUUUUCUAACAUGGUGCAGAUUCAAAGAAGCACCACAGUCGUAGUUUUGUGAACAAAGUGUCCUGCCUUAGUCACUCCCACCUUAAAAAAAACAUCCUUAUUUCAAGAAAAAACUCCAAUCACAAGUGCCGGAAUGUCUCGCCAAGCCAUGUCCACCUCUGCCACGGUGGGAUGUCUUAACUAAUGUUUUCAUACCAUAUGUGUGCGUCUCCAUGUCUCUGAGGCUACUCUGCGCUGUAGCACGCUCUGUCGCUCCCGCACUUUGCUCAUCUUGUUUUAUUUUGCUUCAUUGUCUGUUCUUUGUAGCUAAUGGUUAUUUAAAAAAGUACUUGUGUGUGUGGUUAUCACUCCCAACUUCCACCCAAACUGAUAGCUCGUCUGAUAUUUACUACCACUCUCCUCUUACUCUUGAUUUCAGACUGACUUAGUAUUGUUUUUUUCUUCCUGUGGACAUUUGCAAUUUUUUAAGUGGGGGUGGUGGUGGGGGGUUAGGAUCAGCUGUGGUCUUUACUCGGAUAUCUAUAACAGAGAAUCCAUGAAUGUCUUUGGUGGGCUGCUUCAGCUCACCCUGUCUUCAGUUGAAUAAAUAAAUAUGAAAUAAUGAUCAGUAAAUAAUGUUAUUGUUGCGUUAUCGCAAUUGUUAAAGAUAUUAAAUAACAUGUAUCAUUGGUGCCUGACUGUAGCUACAUUUUGCUUUUUCUGCCUUUCAUUUUUAAUCUGUGGAUAAAUUCGUAUUUUAAUU